AUGUGCUCCAGGGUUCACCCCGCGCUGCCGCUGCUUCUCGCGCUGCUGAUGCCGGUCAGCACUGUCAACAGCACCCGACAAGAAAAUGAUGAUCUUACUAAUCAAACAAAGGGAGACAGCCGGCUUCUACAGCGACCCAAAAGAAGUUGGGUUAUUACCACCUUGGAGCUGGAGGAGGAAGACCCGGGACCCUUCCCCAAAUUUGUGGGUGAGCUGUUCAAUAAUAUGUCCGCUAACAUGGAAAUAAUAUAUUUAAUCAGAGGACCUGGUGUGGAUGAAUAUCCAGAGAUUGGUUUGUUUUCUAUAGAGGAUAAUGUGAAUGGGAAAAUAUAUGUUCACCGCUCUGUUGAUCGAGAGAAAACACCAUCGUUUAAGGUUUAUUGUGAUGUUGCCCAUCGCUUAACAGGACACAUCGUGGAUAGAUCCUUGAUUAUCAACAUCAGGAUCAAUGAUGUGAAUGAUCACGCUCCUGAGUUCCCUGAGAAGGAAUUUAACAUCAGUGUGAAGGAGGACCACGCCGCAGGUCAACCUGUUUUUCAGAUGUUAGCGCUGGAUCUGGAUCAAGAAAAUACUCCAAACUCUCAAGUGCUUUACUUCCUUGUUUCUCAAACACCGGUACUGAGAGAGAGUGGUUUCCGGAUUGACCGUGUUAGUGGAGAAAUACGACUGUCAGGAUGCUUAGAUUAUGAGACGGCGCCUCGGUUUACAUUAGUCAUUGGAGCGAGGGAUUGUGGCAACCCGCCGCUGUCAUCCACAGCCACAGUUCAUGUGCAUGUGCAAGACAGCAACAACCACAUGCCCAGGUUCACCCAGGACCACUAUAACAUUCAGAUUGCGGAAGGCCGGGCCAGCCAGGGUGUGUUACGUCUCGGGGUUCAAGAUGGUGAUUCACCAUCUACAGCAGCAUGGAGAAUGAAGUUCGACAUAACGAAUGGCAAUGAAGAGGGACAUUUUGACAUUUCGACAGAUCCUGAGACCAAUGAAGGGAUUUUAAGUGUCAUCAAGCCUUUGGACCAUGAGACGCAGCCAGCGUGGAGCCUGGUCGUGGCCGUGGAGAACGAAGAGCCGCUCUUCUCCUGUGAAGGGGGGCAGCUGCAGAGACCCCCGCAGGCCUCAGCCAGCGCCAUCGUGAGUGUACGGGUGACCAAUGCCAACGACCCGCCCACCUUCCACCCUGGGACCUUCAUCGUCAGUGAGGUCGAUGGCGCAGGGCCGGGAACUCGGCUGGGAAUGUUCAAUGCUACAGAUCCAGAUAGAACCUCUGGCCAGAUAAGAUACAAACUGGCUUAUGAUCCCGCAAACUGGGUCAGCAUAGAUGAGCGCUCUGGGGUGGUCAUCACUGUGAAGCCGGUUGACCGCGAAUCUCCUCAUGUCAAUGACAGCAUUUACGUUAUCAUCGCUCAUGCUGUUGAUGAUGGUGUCCCUCCACAGACGGGAACGGGGACCAUGCUGCUCUUCCUGUCAGACGUCAACGACAACGCUCCUGUGCUCCGCCCGAGCUCUCAGCACCUGGAGGUCUGUCAGUCUGCUGGAGACAAGGCCCUCCUCAUCGAGGCAGAGGACAGCGACCUGGAGCCCUACUCCGACCCCUUCACCUUCAAACUGGACAGCACGCGGGGACAUACAGGAGACAUGUGGAGACUAGGGGAAAACAGGGGUUAUUCAGUGGAACUUCUAAUGCAGAGAAGCCUUCCACUUGGUGACUACUCUGUGCCGCUUCUCAUCGGAGACAAACAGGGACUUUCCCAGAAGCAGACUGUCCACGUGAGGGUCUGCUCCUGUCCCGAUGGAUUCACCUGUGCAGAGCCCCUCGUCGCGAGAGCUGGGGUCCUGCAGGGGGCCCUGGCCCCUCUUGGUGUAGCGUUCAUGGCUCUGGCAGCUGCUCUGCUCCUCCUGCUGCGAUGCCGCCUUGUGUCCAGAGCCGAGAGGCAGGGUCACCUUGUGCCGUGGAAUGAGGGGAUCCAGACCCUGAUCACGUGGAACGAGGAGAGCAGAGCCGAUCCUCUCCAGGGAAGGUCAUACCUCAGGGAUCACAUGCCAGCCCCGUCCAUCAGCCCAGCCGAGGUGGGCGCCAAGCUGGGAGCUAAGGAUGUAAACGAAAUGCCACUUUCUCUGUUGAGUGCAUCUGACCAACUACACCUUGUCCUGGGAACUCCAGGUCAUGGCGUGUUUUUUGAGCCAACUGUGAGAAACAAAUACUCUACUCCUGUUUUCCUUGAUACCACGGUGACCAGAGGACCCCUGGAAAUGAGAGCAGGAGUGAUGAUGGAGGUGCUGAGUCAGCUCUGUGGCGCCCAUGACCCCGAGGGUAGUCCUGGCUACCCACCUCACAUCUACGCAGAGGAGGGCGAGUGUGAGCAAGCAGACAGCCUCAGUUCUCUCACCUGCUCUGAACAUGACCUACCGUCUGACUUGCUGGCCUCUUUGGGGCCAAAGGCUGCUCCACUAGAAGAAAUAUAUUCUGAGUCAGCUUUUCGUUCCCCCCAAAAUGCAUAUUUUGGUUGA